CUCCAACCUCAUUGUCGCUUUACCAUCCUCUGUCUUUCCACCACUCUUCACGUUCUUUCCUUUCCAUCUCGUCUUGUUCAACAACUCGCAUCGAGCGUGCCUUUCACUCUUUCAAGGCCCUCGACCACAUUCCUUAAGCUUGUUGCUUUUCAUUCACCUCAAUUCUGUCCUUACCCCCUUUGACCGGUGUUCCCAGUUUCUCAAGACUACGAAGACAACAUCCUCACUGCUGCUAGAUUCAGCCACGAGCCUGCCCUCCCCGUCCAACGAACUCAACCCGCCUCGCACUGUUCAUCGAUUGUCUACGUGCAUUCCAUUCUUUACCAGCCUUGACAACCCCCUAUAGAGGGCAAUUAUCACCUCAGUCACGUCACCAUGGACACGAAGCUCGCCGUAGACGACUUUGGCUUAGAGUCCAUGUCUUCAGAUCCUGCUGAUCAUGAUCUGGACUUGGAUCUCGACCUUGAUCUCGACGAGGCACUGGAAACCCCUUCACCCGAACAUGGAGCCGCAACACCAGGUAGCUCUGGUCAGACUUCUGGUCCUACCAGCUCAGCUCCUAGCUCGGCCGCCCGUCGACCUCCCCGCAAGAGCACUCUUACCCAGCAACAAAAGAACCAGAAGAGACAACGUGCAACUCAAGAGCAAUUGAUCACAUUGGAAACCGAGUUUGCCAAAAAUGCCACCCCCACUGCCGCAACUCGAGAACGUAUUGCAGCUGAGAUCAACAUGACUGAACGCUCAGUCCAGAUCUGGUUCCAGAACAGCCGGCGAAGAGCGAAGAUAAAGAUGAUUGCCAAGAAGAGUCUGGAGAACGGCGAGGAUUGUGAUGGCAUUCCUGAGUCCUUGAGACAACUUCUGGCAAUGCAGACGAUGGGUCCUGGCAGACAAUUCCCCCGUCAACUUCUCGGCCGCCCUGGAGGCCCCAUGGCCCAGUAUGGCGGUGGGAAUAUGUUGAUGAAUGGCGAUCCUAAUGCUCAAAGCAAAGUUGGUAGGUUUAUCUGGAAUGCCCACGCCACGACCCUCGCUCACCAGUCUUCAGUCAUUCAUCACUUCACCUGUCGGUCUUUGAGCAUUGGCUCGUGGCGACGUGUCGGUCAAAAUGCCAUGGAUCUGGUCAUCUUCUACUCCCCCGACAAGGCUUGCAUCACCUAUUACAUCAACAACGAUUCCGCAGGCUACAAAAUCGAGUUCCCGUUCGCAUACAUCAAAAGCAUUCAAUUGGAGGCUGGUGACACAGUCCCCAACGCUAAUGGUGCCCCUCCUCGCCCGGGUGGCCUUGUCAUUGAGUUGAACAGGCCCCCUAUCUUCUGGAUGGACUCAUCUGGCUCCGGUGGUUUCUAUCAAUGUGACGAUUUCACCCAAGAUCUACAAGCCUCCCACGUCCUCACCCAUCACCUGGGUGGCCACCCCAAAGUGCUGAGCGGUCAACUGGCGAAACUAGUCUCUCUCGAAUCUUUCCAGAACCGAAUGAGCCCCUUCGAUCUUCACGCCAUGCCUGCUUCGGCACCCGUUUCACCAACCAUGGGAAUCGUGCGUCCGGCAUCGCAGCCUUCUGCACAAUUUGCACGACCACAUCCUCCUCAUGUGGGCAUGUUCCAGGAACAGUUUGGCAUCAACCAACACCUUCACCCUGGUCGUAUGCAUCCGGGACACAAAAGACAACGAAGUCGAUCUGUUCCCAUUGCCAUUGACUUUUCGAUGCUUCACGGACCAAUGCCCACCUUCCAUCUUCAACAACCCUCUCCUCAAAUGCCCCCGGAACACCACAACUUGUUCCAACCGAUGCCUCAUCAUCCUGUGCCUGGCCCGGUGGGACCCACACUACAAAUUGACACCUCGGCAGGCUAUGGUAUGGACUUCCGCCAAAUGCCCAUGUCUGCCACUGCCACUUCACCAUCAGAGUUUGCCAGUCCUGGCUUCUUUCCUUCACAUCCAACACAAGCACCCAUCCCAGCCUCGGAAUUUGGAACCCCUCAACAGUUCAGUGGCCCAUUCCUCUCCCCGUCACCAAUGGUUGAUCCCCAUAUGGUUCCUACAUCAAUGUCUCCAAUGCCUACGAUGGGCCAUGCUGACCCUGUCAUUGCGGACCACUCUCCACCUUUGACGACUCUGCACCGCAGUGCGUCGGCUGACAUGUUUAGCAUGCACCAUGAUCCCAACGGGCUCAUGGACGAGACAUUGAUGCUUGGAGAAAUGUACUCAAAACAGAAUCUCAAUAUGGCCAUGCCCAGCCCCGGGUUCGAUGACAACGGGUUGAUGAUCAUGCACGAUAUGUCGGGAUUCCAGACACCGCGUGAACACAUGGACAUGUCGAUGACACCAUAUGGAACCAUCGACCCAAACUCAUUACAACCUGGGUUACAUGCCAAGUUUGAGUGUUAGAGCAACACGCGACAGCUACCAGAUUGAACGACUUGACGCCUUUCCUUGUUAUCUUUUUCAUGUGGGAAAAUUGUGUCGACCCACUAAGAUUGACACUUUCAUCCCUCUUGCUAGCACUGUCCGGACGGCGCUCACACCCAGUUGAAAUACUUGUCACAUACAAGACUGCUUGUUAUUGUACCCAAAUCGACAUGGCCUCGGUUGCCUGUCACCUCCUUAGGAUCAGUGACUGCAUGCGUCACUAUCUGUAUUCUGUUCUUGUUUAGUUUGGAAAUCCUUGUUCAUCUGUCUAGUCACGUGGUUAUGCAUCAGAAACGACACUCGGCUUUUGGUAUUGGGAGGAUAGUGGGAUUGUUCCUUGGAAACCUUGUCUAGGUGUGGGGAUUGUCGAGGAAAUAGUUCAAAAAGUAUUGACUGAGCAAUGUCGUGGUUAGUGAGAGGAUAUAUUGAGCCAUAUGCUGCCACGUUGUAGACCUUGACAAUUCCUUGCAAGCCGACUCCAGCAUUCUUUGACUCGUGAAGACAUAAGUCUUGAUCACCAUGCUCGUGAUGGUGAAUUUCGAUGGUGGUCAUUGCAAGGUCCUUCGUCCGGGAGUGUCAUUCUUGUAGAAGCCACAACAUUAUUAGGUCGAUAUGCAUAAUCGGUCAUGGGUCGUUGUGUGUCCUGCGUCCUGACUCCUGAUCCAAGAGUCGGUGUGUUGCUCAUACACAUGAGCCAUCAUCAUAAUAUUCCUGGAGUCAGUAGGCGGACAACAAGUAAUGAAGAGAAACAAAUCCAGGUUACGAAUGGGAUGAAGAGGGCUUGUUAUAUCUCUCUCUUACCCACGUAAGCUCAAACACGACGAUCCAUUGUCUGAAAUUUGUUUUGCAAU